UUCUUCUUCUUCUUCUUUCAAAACCAUCAAAAUCUUAGUAUUAUUUCUCUCUCUCUCAAUUCCUUCCCCUUGUUUUGUGUUUUUAUUCCACACAGCUGAAACAUCAUCAUGAUUUUCUCUUUUGAUCCAACGGUCAACGAUCAACCACCGACCAUUUACCUCAAUCACAAACGUUAAAUCUUUUAGAUUCUUCCAUUUCUGAUUCCUUUGUUUGGUUGGAUAGAGAAGAAACAACAAAAAAGGAAAGAAAGAAGAAAAAAUGAGACUCCCAAAAUCUCAAGUGUGGCAACCUUGUAAGAAGAAGAGGCUCUAAUAUAUAAUCAUAUAAUCAUAUAAUCAUAGUGAAAUAGUUUGAAUAUAGAGAGAAAAAGGAAGGAAAGAAAAGGAAAGAAAAAAGAGAGAGAGAAAAAAAAGAUGACGUCACGUUCGUCGCAUAUCAGCGGAGGAAGCAGCAACGGCGGACGAGCGAAGGCGGGAAAGUAUGAGCUGGGUAGGACGUUAGGUGAAGGUAAUUUCGCGAAGGUGAAGUUUGCGAGACACAUUGAAACUGGUGAUCAUGUUGCUAUCAAGAUACUUGAUAAAGAGAAAAUUCUCAAGCAUAAAAUGAUUCGUCAGAUAAAACAAGAAAUAUCAACAAUGAAACUGAUUAGACACCCAAAUGUCAUACGCAUGCAUGAGGUAAUAGCUAACAGGUCAAAGAUAUUCAUUGUAAUGGAACUCGUGACUGGUGGGGAGCUGUUUGAUAAAAUUGCUCGCAGUGGGAGGUUGAAAGAAGAUGAAGCAAGAAAAUAUUUUCAGCAGCUUAUAUGUGCUGUGGAUUACUGUCACAGUAGAGGUGUUUGCCACAGAGACCUAAAGCCUGAGAAUUUGUUGCUGGAUACUAAUGGAACGCUCAAAGUAUCGGAUUUUGGAUUGAGUGCAUUGCCUCAACAAGUUCGGGAAGAUGGACUACUUCACACAACAUGUGGUACACCAAAUUAUGUUGCUCCAGAGGUGAUCCAAAACAAAGGGUAUGAUGGUGCAAUCGCAGAUCUCUGGUCAUGUGGUGUUAUUCUUUUUGUUUUAAUGGCUGGCUAUUUGCCCUUUGAAGAAGACAAUCUUGUAGCUUUGUAUAAAAAGAUUUUCAAGGCUGACUUCACCUGCCCUCCAUGGUUCUCAUCAAGUGCAAAGAAACUAAUCAAAAGAAUUCUCGAUCCCAGUCCUAUCACACGGAUUAAAAUUGCCGAGGUCAUUGAAAAUGAGUGGUUCAAGAAGGGAUAUAAACCUCCUGUGUUUGAACAGGCUGAUGUUAGUCUUGAUGAUGUAAAUUCUAUUUUCAAUGGUUAUAUGGAUUCAGAUAAUAUUGUUGUUGAGAGGCAAGAAGAGGGGCCUGUUGCACCUGUGACCAUGAAUGCAUUUGAACUUAUCUCUAAGUCUCAGGGCCUCAACCUUAGUAGUCUUUUUGAGAAGCAAAUGGGACUUGUUAAAAGGGAAACGAGAUUUACAUCCAAAUGUUCAGCGAAUGAGAUAAUUUCAAAAAUCGAGAAAACUGCAGGACCUCUGGGUUUUGAUGUCAAGAAGAACAACUGCAAGUUAAGGAUUUAUGGGGAAAAGACUGGACGGAAAGGUCAUCUAUCUGUAGCUACUGAGAUCUUGGAGGUAGCCCCUUCAAUUUACAUGGUUGAGAUGCGAAAGUCUGAAGGAGAUACUCUGGAAUUUCACAAGUUCUACAAAAGUAUAACUACUGGGCUGAAAGAUAUUGUUUGGAGAGCAGAUCCUAUUGCUGAAGAAAAUGAUGGUGCCAGUACCUCAAAAUAAUUGUUACCCGACCCAAGUCUUCAUCUUUGUACAAAGUACAAUCACAUACUUGUUGUGUAUUAUUAUUAUUGAGUAAGAGUGGGAAAUAGCUUGAAUUUUUUUCCUUGGAUAUGAUUUUUAUUUAUUUGAUACUUGCAUAUCAAACAACAUUUUAGUUUUUGGUGCUGUGUCAAACAUUACAAAUGCAAAGAAAAACUGGCUCAAUAGAAGUAAGAGAUUUCUAACAUUUUUCUGUAUGAUAUGUCUAUUGUGUAAAAUAGACUUUGAUAUAGCUUAUUUGUCCAAUAACUUUGGUGAAAUUUUUAUCUUUUUGUA